UCAACCUUGUAUCAUCGGCAAAAUGUAAUUUACAACUGACACUUGAAUCUCACAAAGUUUAGCUACUGGUUAAUUUUCAAGUAACAGUCUUAUACAAGUGCUAUAGAGUACUUAUAAUAUAAAGCAAGUGGCAGUGUCAAAGGUAGGUCGUGAAAAUGCCAGGCAUCAUCGAAAAGUGGGAUGAACAAGUGAUUGUGGAAGACAAUCAUUCGAAUGCGAUAGAAACUGAGAUAAACAAAAAUACUAAUAGAAUAAAAGUGAUAGACGAAACGCCGAAUGCCGAGGCAGGCAAAACAAAGAAUAGGAAGGAAAAGUUUGGUUUUUUCAAGGAAAUACACUGGACGAGAGCACUAGCUGUUGGUUGGUACAAUAUAUUUGGACUGUACAUAUUAUUUACGUUUCCUUAUCUACAAAAAUGGAGGACCACAAUGUGGGCACUUUUAAUGGCAAAUUUAUCGAUAUUUGGCAUCACCGCUGGUAUUCAUCGUCUGUGGAGUCACAAGGCUUACAAGGCCAAAGCACCCCUACGAAUCGUUCUUGCGUUUUCGUACAUGAUACCUUUCAAGAAAUGGAUUCUUUACCACAGAUUACAUCACAAAUACACUGACACGGAUGCUGAUCCGCACAAUAGCACUCGGGGUUUUUUCUUCAGCCACGUCGGAUGGCUGAUGGCCAAGAGGAACCCGGCUGUCAUCGAAAAAAUGAAAACGAUUGACCUGAGUGACAUCAAGGCCGAUCCGAUUGUCAGUUUUUGCAACAAAUACUUUUAUUAUUUCGUUUUGGUAAUAUGGUACAUCACAACAGCCGUGCCCGUGUACGGAUGGAACGAGGAUUGGUACUCAUCUUUUUUGUCUCAAUACUUGAGAUUCGUCUAUGCACUCAACGUCUCGUGUUGCGUGAAUAGUUUUGCUCACAUGUUUGGGUACAAACCAUACAACUCAACAAUAACUGCAACGGAACACGCGCUGACUUCUUACAUGGCACUUGGCGAGGGUUGGCACAACUACCAUCACGUGUUUCCGUUUGAUUAUCGCACGCCGGAGUUGAUGUUUGAUGUCACUGCUCAUGUGCUACACUUUUUUCAAAAAAUGGGAUGGGCUUAUGACAUGAGGAUAACCAAAGAAUCUGUGAUCAUUGCCACCAUGAAGAGAAAAGGCGAUGGAUCGUAUCUAAACGCCGUAAUGUCCUGACCAACUGAAUUAAAUUGUGAUACGAAAACUUUUUAUCCGAAAAUACUACUUUUAUACAUGCUGAAAAAAAAAAAAAAAAAAAUUACAAUAA